AACAUCUACGGAAAAUCACACUCACAACGCAACAACACCCUCUUCCCUUCCCCUUCAGCGCUAAAAUAAUACCUCUCUCUCUCUCUCUCUCUCUCUCUCUCUCUUCAUCUUCUUCUUCUCGUGUGUCACCCAAUCAUGCCAGUUACAUUCCAUGGAUUCUCCAUAAGGGACUACACUUCCAAGAUGAGGUCCCUCGACGUUUUCAAGUGCUGGCCAUUCGUCGCCGCUGGUGUCAGUCGCCACGAGGCUCACUCCUCGCUGCCUCCGAUGAUGCUUCCGAAGUCGCGCCGGUGGUACGGCGACCUCGCCCGGCUGAGAUCCAACCUCGCCGGAGAAGAGGAAGCGGAGAUUCGGCGGAGCGAGGCGGUUUCCGACGAGAGUGAAUUGGAGAACGAGGAUGAGUUUGAUGGAGGCGGAUUUGCGGCGGAGGAAGAGGAGAAGGUGGAAAUGGUUUGUCCGGUGUGCCGAGAUUUCAACGCGGCCACGCUGACGGCGGUGAACGCGCACAUCGACGGUUGUCUCGCGCGGACGGUGAGGGAGGAGCGGCGGCGGAUGAGGCGGUCGAAGUCGAAGGCGCCGAAGAAGCGUUCCAUCGCGGAGAUUUUCGACCUGAGAGAGGACGUCGAGGAGAAGCCGUCGCCGGAGAUCGCGACCGUGCUGAAGCUCUUGCCGUUCGACGAUGACGUGGUUUCGAUUGAGAUGGCGAAGUUCCGGUGGCUCGAGGCGCUUAGAUCCAACGGAAUUUCCUUCGAAUCGGCGAAAUCCGUUGGAGGAAGCGCGAAUUCGGCGGCGGAGGAGGAGAAAUCGGAGAUGUUUUGUCCUGUUUGUAGGGUUUUCAACGCCGCGACGGUGACGGCGGCGAACGCGCACAUCGACGGUUGUCUCGCGGAGGCGAUGAAGGACGAGCGGUGGCGGAGACUGAGCCUGAAGCCGAAAGCACCGAAGAAACGCUCUAUCGCGGAUAUUCUCACCAUCGCGCCGCAAAUCGACGCCUCCGGCGGCGGCAAACCCGCGGCGGAGGCUGAGAAAGUCGGUGAAGGCGAGACGAACAGGGAAGAACUCGGGAAAUAUGGUUUCUCCGGCGCCGUAGUGAAGAGUAAGAAGAGUACUAACAAGAACGUGACGAAGAAGAAAAAGGUGAAGAAGAAGGUUUUGAGGAAGAAAAACACGAUGGAAAAGCGUGGCGUUGUGUCUCUGAACGGUGAAAGUAAGAAGAUAAACAAGAGAAAGAAGAAGAAGAAGAAGCAGCAGCAGCUAAACAAGGAGUUCACUGCGAAGAAGGAAGAUGCUUAUAAGCGCAAGAUGCAGAAUCCAGUAUAUAGCUUCAGAAAGCAACGUACUGCUGGAAAUAAAAAGGUGAAACUUGAUGACGACAUUGAUGCUUCUUCAGCACAUGAAAAGAAAUUGGGUUUACAGACGUUAUCAGAAAAAAAGAAGGAAAAAGUAAGAGUCCGGGACUCAGUUGGAAAGCAACAAAAAACAGUGUCUCCCAUUCGUGGUAUUCUUAAGAAUCACAAACAUAUUUCUGGAAGUACUUCAAGUUGUAGUAAUAUUCAAGAUGUUACUGAGGAAAUCCAUUUUGAUGUUCAAAUGCCAUCAUCAAACAAGCAUGUGAGAUUUUCUGCUGAGGAUUACGUACUUGGUCCAAAAAAGAGAAGAUCAUUUGAUGAGACCGUUUUCGAUUUAUCUUCAGAUGCGCUAGAUUCUUCAUUUGGAAAGGAGCAGUCCUGUGGAAAUGUUGAAGGAAUUGCGAAUUUGGAGCAAAACAGAAAUGACUACAUUGCCAAUAGCAUAGACAAGAGAAAGGAGGUGUGUCCUAUAGUUGAAAGUAAACAGUUUUCUAAUACUCUGGGACAAGUUGCUGCACAAAAUUUAUUGAAGCACACCAUUCAAGAUAAAUCAAACCACUUAGUUGAGAAGUCUGAAUCAUUAUCGAAUGUGAGGAUUUGUGAUAAUGAUUUACACCGGUUUGAUAGAGGCAACACAACUACUAUGCAUUUUUCCCCACAUGCUGACGUUUCAAGAUCUCUUUCAGCAUUUCAAGGGGGGCAGACUUCUGGUAUAAAUACACUAGCGUGUGAAUCCGAAGCUUUUAGUUAUACUGGGAAUUUCAUGUAUCAUUUGGGAGAUCCAACUUUUCAGUCUAGAACUGUGCAUUCAAAGGCAGAUACAAGGACAUAUAUGGAGCCAUCACCGUCUUAUUCUGCUUCCUGUAUUGAAGUAAAUGAUAGAUCUGAAUUUCCAUUGCAUACUUGUGGAGACAAUGAUAAUAAUGGCCAAGCUUUGAGUGGCAGAUCGUUAUAUGCAGAUAUGAUUUAUAAUUCUUUUCUGUUGCCUGGUUGGGAGAAAGGAAGUAUAAGGAAUAACUACAUGGAGCAGAACAUUUAUGGUUUGCCCCUCAAUUCUCAUGGUGAGCUAAUCAACUUAGGUUCGAGUGGAAAAGUUGGGAUGAACCAGCCAGAGACAUCAUGUACGUCAAGAGGUUCUUUAAAUGUCAUGCCUGUGAAUAAUGUUCUCCGUCAAAAUAGCCAGGAAUGUUCAAGUAUUGGUAAGAGGCAUGUUGUUCAGAAAACUCUUCGAGAUCAGGUAAUUCCAAUUUCGCAUUAUCCAGGCGGGUUAAGUGUUAGAGAUUUACAUGGACAUGGAAGGGAGAGAGCAGAUAUCUACCAGCAUAAUUCUGACUGGGGUUCCAAUCACUAUGUCCAGCCACUUGAUUCAGAGUUGAACCUUAUGAGAAACCCUGUCAUUGAACAGAAUCAACUUCAAAAGGUGCCAAAUCACAAGGAAUAUGGAAUGGUUUCCCCAAGAGGAGGCUCGGGUCUUGUUUCACCAAGUUCCAGCCAACCAACAAUGAGGUUGAUGGGUAAAGAUGUUCCGAUUGGAAGAAGCAGCAAAGAAAAGAACCAAUUUGUGGGAGGAGUUCUUUGGGCUGAUGAGGAAUCCAGAAGAAGGCAUUAUUCUGUAGAUGCUGCUAAGGACAAUUCUUUAUUGGGGAGAUGCUCUGUGCCGGAUAGGGCACCUGGUUCUCAACUACAGAUGCAAUCUGAGAAUGUGUCACAAUCAGUGAACAUUCAGAGCAAUCAGGCAUUACAAAGUACCUUACUGUUGAAUGGUCCAAACUCUGAAUUUCUUAAUCUGCAAAGUAAUCAUCUAUCCCAAAAUGGAGUCAGCAGAAAUGCUAGUUCUAAUUUUCAACCUAUUACCCAAGCGCCUCCUUCGGGUGCAAUGUACAAUAGAGCACCUCAAGGAUUCUUCUUUCAUUCUCAGAUACCAUCUAGUCCUUGCGAUUUCAAUCAGUCUACUUCAAGCAACGGUGAGCUGAAUGCCUGGAAUAAGCACCAUCGUGUCACAAAUUCAUUCCUUGGAUUUCCUUUCUUGCACCCAAUUGUUGAAGAACAGGCCAGAUCAUCUUGGUUCAAGAGGUCCUAUAGAAAUUUGCCACCAUGGUCGUUAGGUUCAAAAUACGAAAGGAUACCAGGGAGCUCCUCUAGUACGUGUUUUCCUCCGAAUACAUGGAGAAAUUCUACUGUCCCAUUUGUGAAUCAUUCAGCAGAUCUUUUGUAUCCUCCUAAUUGUGUGACUUCUGACUUUCCCACAAAGGCCCUGUUUUACCCAGCAUCAAUUUCUCAGCCUUCACAUGCUACAGUUUCCCCUUUUACCAAACCACCCUCUGCCAUUGAUGGUUGUAGAAGCAUAUUUAAGUUAGAUGAUAUCACUGCCAAAGACUAUCAUCCAAGCACAAAUUCCAGGAAGAGACCCGCAGAUAAUCUUGUUGAUCCUGAAACACCUAACAAGUUACCUCGCAUACAAGUGCACAAAAACGUAACUCGCAUGACUGAGCUGGCUCGAGAAACCUCUGGGACAAACUUGCAGCAAAACACAAGAGCAGUUGAACUCGAUCUCCAAGUGGGUGCAAGAAGUAAUGGUUGUCAGGGUGAGGCUCAAAAUCUAAAUCCAAGAAGUUAUCUUGGUUUUGAUUCUUAUCCCCUGGAUGGCAUGGUAAAAUCAGGUCCUGUGAAACUUAGUCCAGGUGCUAAGCAUAUCCUGAAACCUUCUGAGAAUCAGGAUAACUCAACACCGAUCCAUUCUGCCAUUCCUAUUGCUGCGACUAACGACUGUGGUAGGGAUCUAGAACUUCAAGGGAAAUUGACAAAAAUGUACAUAUUUUAGGUGUAACACUUCACUUUAUGAUGCUAGUUUUUGCCUUAUUAGUGGAUCCCCGUGAACAUAACAGACUUGUCCAUGUAUAAUACUGGCAGGUUUCUGAAAAACAGAUGGAAAAUCAAUGGUUCCUUUUAGCCUCUUAACAAUCCAGGUCUAAUUUUUGAAGUUUCA